UUGGGCCAAAUGUAAUCUAAUCUAAUCUAAUCUAAUCUAAUUCUGUGGUCUGCAGUAUUUUGCUUUUAUUCUCCAAGAAUGAUACCUGUACUCCAGAUAUCAAAUUACAAAGAAUGUUAACAGAAAGCAGAGUUGUAUUCUUUGAAAUUUAGAAGGUUAAGUGGUGAUUUGAUUGAAGUUUGUAUUGUAUUCAGGAGGCCAAAUUGGGUGGAAAAGGAGAAGCUAAUUCCACUGGUUAUGGAGUCAAGGACUGAACAUAUUCUCUCCAAAUUAGAACCUGUCUUUCAGGUAGAAUACUGGGGAGCUGUUUUCCACACAAUGGGUGGCAGAAGAUUGAAACUCUCUUCUGCAAAUGUAAAGUGAAGGCACUUAGUUAUUAAUUUCAAGUCUGGGAUGGAUAGUUUUCUUCAGAAAAGUUACUAAGACAUAAAACAAAACUACUGCAGAUGCUUGAAAUCUGUCAGAGUUACAGAGAUUGCUGGAGAAACUCUGCAGUGUCUGUGGAGAGAGAACCAAGGUUGUGAAAGAAGAUGGGGCAGUGAUACCUAAAUUAGUGAUAGCAGAAUCUAGAGCGACAGAAUUGGCAGAAGUGUUAAACGAUUUCCUUUGUACUCCCAAAUGGCUAACAUCUAUUUUUCUUCUGCAAUCGUGAUGUUUGACUUUGAAACUGGGCGAAAUUAGCAGGGUCACAUUUGUCCACCUCAUGAUUUGUAAAGUUUUACCCUCUUCAUCACAAACAGCAUACUAUUGAAUAUACAACUUUAGUUUACAUUUACUUAACACUAAUUUGCCUGUACUAUAAACAAUUUCAUGCGGUUAAUUGGUGCAUAUGAUGACCAUUGGCUGGAUGUGAAAUUUGAAGAUGUGCACCUCCCGGGCAUGUUUUUACAGAUAUAUCUUAUUUCCGUUGGAUUAGUUGGAUUUCCUGGAGUUUCUGCUGUCAGCCACAUUUCUCUCCAUUGUGUUUUGUGCCGCUCACAUGGUGGAUUUUCCUUCCGUUUCUGAUUCCCAGCUUUCCAGAGAGCACAAGGAACGGAUAUGGACACGAAUCACAGUUCUCUCCUCUCCACUGCUGGUUGCGAAUCAACAAGAUUGACUUAACAGUCCACCAUCACUUAAAAGAGGAGUGUAAAAGGGAAAGCUGCCGUAUAGUCCGGGGGAGAAAAUGAUAUAAUGGCAGCAAACCUUACCUAUAAACUUUGGUCAGGAAGAAAAUCAGUUCCAGUUUUGGUCGGAUUCGGUGUGAAAUAAACCAUGAGGUCUUCCGCCUCCAGAAUAUCAACGUUCUCCUCCAGGGAUUCAUUAUGGAACCGAAUGCCCGAUCAAAUCUCAGUGUCGGAGUUUAUAGCCGAGACGACGGAGGAUUACAACUCGCCAACCACGUCCAGCUUCACCACCAAACUGCUUAACUGCAGAAACACAGCGUCCUUGCUCGAAGAGACUUUAGAUUUGGAUAAAAAUGCACUACAAAAGGUAAAGAAAUCGGCAAAAUCAAUAAACACUUCAGGUCAAGAACAUGUGCAAAAUGAAGAAAACUAUGCACAAGCACUAGAUAAAUUUGGUAGUAAUUUUUUAAGUCGCGAUAAUCCUGAUCUUGGCACGGCUUUUGUUAAGUUUUCCACUCUCACAAAGGAACUUUCAACAUUGCUGAAAAACUUGCUGCAGAAUCUUAGUCAUAAUGUCAUCUUCACUUUGGAUUCACUAUUGAAGGGAGAUCUGAAAGACGUCAAGGGGGACCUGAAGAAACCUUUUGACAAAGCAUGGAAGGAUUAUGAAACAAAAUUUACUAAAAUUGAAAAAGAGAAACGGGAACAUGCAAAGCAGCAUGGGAUGAUUCGAACUGAAAUUACAGGAGCUGAAAUAGCAGAAGAAAUGGAAAAGGAGCGACGGGUCUUUCAGCUCCAGAUGUGUGAGUAUCUCAUUAAAGUGAAUGAAAUCAAGACAAAAAAGGGUGUGGAUUUGCUCCAAAAUCUCAUCAAAUAUUACCAUGCACAAUGCAAUUUUUUUCAGGAUGGCUUAAAAACAGCAGAUAAGCUGAAACAGUACAUUGAGAAACUUGCUGCUGAUUUAUACAAUAUCAAGCAAACACAGGAUGAAGAAAAGAAGCAGCUGUGUACACUCCGUGAUAUGCUCAAAUCCUCACUGCAACUUGAACAGAAAGAAUCUAGGAGAGAUUCCCAAAGUAGACAAUCUGGAUACAGUAUGCACCAGCUUCAAGGCAAUAAGGAAUAUGGCAGCGAGAAGAAGGGAUAUCUCAUGAAAAAAAGUGAUGGUCUUCGAAAAGUUUGGCAGAGAAGAAAGUGCACAGUCAAGAAUGGCUACUUGACAAUAUCCCAUGCAACUACCAACAGACAACCAGCAAGACUGAAUCUCCUCACUUGCCAGGUGAAACCCGCUGCUGACGAGAAGAAAUGUUUUGACUUGAUAUCACACAACAGAACCUAUCACUUCCAAGCAGACGAUGAACAGGAAUGUCUAGUAUGGAUAUCAGUAUUAACUAACAGUAAAGAGGAGGCAUUAAACAUGGCAUUCAGAGGAGAGCAAAGCAGUGGAGAGAACAGCAUAGAGGACCUAACCAAAGCCAUCAUUGAAGAUGUGCAGCGGAUGCCUGGCAAUGAUGUCUGUUGUGAUUGUGGAGCUCCAGGUCUUUGGUUAUUUUUCCCAGUGAUUCCUGUUGAAGAACCAAAUAAACCCCGGCUGGCAGCCACUGCUCCCAGUGCUGCUAUUAGUAAUGAAGCAGUUGGCAGCUCAUUCAUUAGGGAUGGGCAAGCCCUACAAUUCACCGUCUCCCUUGAAGCCAAGAAUGUCAUAACAGGAUUUCUGCUGCCAUUCCGAAUAAAUGAAAUAAAUAAAUUAUGUUGCUUCCAGCUGGCCAAGAAUGUAGGAAAUAUCAGUUUCAAUGAAAUUCUAGAAGCCAAUCUACCACAACCAUCACCAAAGCCAAUUCCACAUAGUGACAUGACUGCACGUAAAGAAUACAUACAUGCAAAAUAUGUAGAUCAUAAAUUUGCCAAAAGGUUGUGCACCUCUUCCUUAGCUAAAAUGAAUCAGUUAUUGGAUUCUGUGAAGUCCAGGGAUUUACUUGCACUAAUUCAAGUCUAUGCAGAGGGAGUUGAACUAAUGGAGUCACUAUCAGAUCUUGGACAGGAGCCAGGGGAAACAGUCCUUCACCUAGCUGUUCGAACUGCUGACCGAACCUCUCUCCACCUGGUUGACUUUCUUGUACAGAAUAGUGGCAAUCUGGACAAGCCUACUGCAAAAGGAAACACAGCUGUACAUUACUGCUGCGUGUUCGAUAAAGUGGAAUGUUUAAAAUUGCUUCUUCGGGGCAAACCAAGUUUAAAUCUAGUAAACCAGAGUGGAGAAACAGCCCUAGAUAUAGCGAGAAGAUUGCAGCGUCCACAGUGUGAAGAAUUGAUCAGUCAAGCUGCUUUAGGAAAAGUUAAUCCUCAUGUUCAUGUAGAAUAUGAGUGGCAAUUACGGCAAGAAGAAAUUGAUGAAAGUGAUGAUGACUUGGAUGUAAAGACAAGUCCUGUAAAAAAAGAGCGUUCUCCAAGGCCACAGAGCUGCUGCCACUCUUCUAGUCUCUCCCCACAAGAUAAACUUAUGAUUCCUGGACUUGGCAUAGCACGGGAAAAACAGCGACUGUCUUAUGGGGCGUUUAGUAAUCAAAUAUAUGGAGGUGGAACGGAUUCUCCAACAUCACCAGCCACUGAUGCCCCUCCUCUUCCUCCUAGGAAUCCAAGCAAAGCUCCACAUGGCCCAGUCCCUCCUUCAGUCCUUCCUGUAGGUCCCCAGGUCACAACCGGCAGCUCCACUUUAUCAAAGAAGAGACCACCGCCCCCACCCCCUGGACACAAACGAACCUUAUCUGACCCACCAAGCCCGCUACCUCAUGGUCCCCAGAAUAAAGGUCUGAUUCCUUGGGGUACAGAUUCUGGUCCCCCACAGUCAAAUCGAACAGGAAAUAAGUUUGAGGGGUUGUCUCAACAAUCAAGUACUGGAACUGGAACCACAAAAACUGCCUUAGGUCCACGAGUGCUUCCAAAACUACCUCAAAAAGUGUCCUUGAGAAAAAUCGAUAGUAUCCAUCACAGUUCAGUAGAUAAAUCAAAUCCAGACACUUUUCAGAAGCCACAUCCAGGAGACCUGACCCAGAAAUCACAUGUGGAAGAUCCCUCCCAGAAGCCGCAUCCAGGGGACCUGCCCCAGAAGCCGCAUCCGGGGGACCUGCCCCAGAAGCCGCAUCCGGGGGACCUGCCCCAGAAGCCGCAUCCGGGAGACCUGCCCCAGAAGCCGCAUCCGGGAGACGUGCCUCAGAAGCCGCAUCCGGGAGACCUGCCCCAGAAGCCGCAUCCGGGAGACCUGCCCCAGAAGCCGCAUCCGGGAGACCUGCCCCAGAAGCCGCAUCCGGGAGACGUGCCUCAGAAGCCGCAUCCGGGAGACCUGCCCCAGAAGCCGCAUCCGGGAGACCUGCCCCAGAAGCCGCAUCCGGGGGACCUGCCCCAGAAGCCGCAUCCGGGGGACCUGCCCCAGAAGCCGCAUCCAGGGGACUUACCCCAGAAGCCGCAUCCGGGGGACCUGCCUCAAAAACCCAAAGAUCUGCCACCAAAACCACAGCCAGGAGAAAUCCCUCAAAAACCCCAUAUCGGAGAAGUCAUCCAAAAGUCCCAGCCUGUGGAGAUGUCCCAAAAGCCACAGGUUCAGGAGAUUUCUCCAAAGCCACAGACAAGGGACAUACUGCAGAAACAGCCAUCUGAAGAUGCAAAUGGUACACCUCCCAGUUUACCUGAAACCCCUGUACCCCUACCACGGAAGAUAAAUACAGCAAAGAACAAAAUCCGCAGGGUAAAAACCAUAUAUGACUGCCAAGCUGACAAUGACGAUGAACUUACCUUUAUUGAGGGAGAAGUGAUUGUCGUAACUGGUGAAGAGGACCAGGAGUGGUGGAUUGGCUAUAUUGAGGGGCAACCUGACAGAAGUGGUGUCUUUCCAGUAUCCUUCGUGCACAUUUUAUCUGAUUAACAGCCUACAAACUUCAGCGUCACACAUACACAACUGUGGAUGCUUUCAUCUGAUGUUGUAAAGCAGCUGAAACUUGCUUAUUCCUGUGCAUAUUUUGUACAUAGAUGAUCAAGAAAAUCAUUUGAGAUCCACCUUGCAAGGUGACUGUAAAUACUGUUACUUGCCUUUGCCAGUAUUAUAAUAGCCUUGGAACCAGGCACACCUUAUUUGGUGUACUGCAGCCAUCCAUGGCAACUAGCACUUACUAAUUAACCUAUGCUGUUGAUGGGAUACAUCUGCCUGCUUGUCAGAUUUAUAGGCAGCCUCAUUUAGUAAUUUAACUAUAUAAGCUUGACUUUUGUUCUUGACAUCAUCUCAGUAUUCUAAAUAAAGUUAAAAAUAGCAGUUUUGCUGAGAAUAGGUUCAGGUUUCAGUUUGCACUGAUCCUCGUUGUCCUCCUGCUUUUAACAUGGAUGCUGUGCAUACUCUUAAUGUACUCAUGGGAUUAUGUGGUUUUGAUUGUAAGUGAUCAGACAAAGUUACUUGAGAGUGAAUGACUGGGAAACUUGUUAUAGUUUCUUUUACCUCAUCUGAGGAGAUAUCGGAGUUACAGAUAAACAGUUUAAUAAAUGAAAGUUGCUACAAAACAGCCUUUAAGAUGAUCCAUUAAGAAUAAUUGAAAAUUCAAAAUUUAUUUUUAAUUUUUCCAAGUCUGGUGUUAGGGAUUGAAAGCAGAGCAUGAAUAACUCUUUUCAGGAUUGGGAUGUCUAGGAUGGAAAAGUUCAAUUUCCCUCUUAUCUAUUAACAUUUUAAAUGUUAUUAACCUAAAUAUUGAGGUUAAAUUCUAUCUCAAUCAUCAAUGCAUUGUUUUAGUUUAAUUUAUAACUAAGAUUUGGAAGUCUCUGAAGAGUCUACUUUUAAAUAGAAUUGAUUGAGUUACAGGACAUUAACAUAAACAAGUCCAGUUUUAGCUUGACAGAGGGAAUGUCACUGCCUCCUUCUCCAGAGAUGGAUGGCCUUAACUCUUCAUGGUACUAACACCUGGGAGUGAAGGUCCUCAAAAAUUGACUGUCAUAUGCUUAUUCAAACAGUAAACAGUGCAAAAGCAACCGUACACACAUUGUGCAAUGUGUGCAGUUAUCAAUUUUAAAUAUAUACAUUGUAUACCAUAUGUUUACACCAUUUGGAAUAGUACAUCAUUGCACGUAAACCUGUACGCUGAAGAUACUGUUCUAAUGUUUGUUUAAUCUCCCUCCUUUUUGUUUAAAGUGCAGUUUCAUCAAAAGUAUGGUUUUGAAAUUUGCUGGUCCUGUUGCAGCAAGCAUUCACAUGAAACAGAUCUUGUCUUUGAAUAUAUCAAUUUAGUCAUUGUAUGGAUAAAUUGGCCAUUUUUGAGGGAGAGGUGGGCUAUACAUGUUUUUAAACAAAAUACCUACAAAUUCAGACUGGUUACUUGUGUUCUGUGUCAUAGAGAAUAAAUUGCAUUCUUUGCACAAUUCUUGAAUUGCUUGGGGAACAAAAGUGACAGUGAAUCGUUAGGUUGCUUAAAGCUUUAAUAACUAUACAGCUUCAUAUUCAUUACUGAUAUUCAGUUACUGAAACUCAUUUUAGGGACCAAACAAAAACAAAUCAUUCUGAAAAGGAAUCUAUUUACAUUUCAUACCUGGCCAAGAAAAAGGUAGGUUUUGAUAUGAUUAAAAUAUUCGGUUAGUUAAUGUGGAGUUAAGCUUAGCUCUAAUGACAACCGACUAUAUUCUUUACAAGGAUGUAAUUUAAUUCUUAAUAAAGGUACCUAUUUCUUUAAGUUUAGAUAAAAGUAAAUAAUUAAAUUGAAUUACCUGUAUUUGAUAAGACUUCUGGCCUGGUGCCACAGUGGUCUUGUGCAAUGCUGAACUGUUACCAGUGUACUUAUAUUGAAAUAUUCAGCUCCACAAAUUGGCUGGGUCCCAAAUCUUACCCCAGCAUUUUGAAAUUGUUUUUAAUUUUCCUUUAUUUUGAUUUCAAGUGGAAGUGGGAACAAGCUAUUGAUGGUGGACUUUGACACUUGCCAUAGUUACUGCAUCAGAUUGCCAGCAUUUGGCUAGCCAGAGCUUGUUAUAAGUCAGUGCAUAAUCGUCAGAAGAUAAAUAUUUGAUUAAUCACAUUCAAAUGCAAACCGGUUGCACAUUGUGCUUCAAACUACAAUUUUAUGCUAUCAUUUCAGAUGAGUUUAGUUCAUUUUAAAAUAAUGGUUUGUAAAUGGAUAACUUCUAAAUGUACUGAAUGAUGAGCAACUAUUGUGGAUUUUAGCACUUCGCUCUGGUUCUUUCAGCAACAUAUCCCUGUCAUCCUGGAUUAGGCUUCCCUUAAAUUAUGUAUUCAGUAAAUCAGGCGGUACAAUCAACCUACUGAAUGUAAAGGUGUGCGAUAUGACCGCAGCUUACUAUAUCAUGUGUUUGCAUUCUUUAUGUAUAAAAAUUGCUAUGGGAAGAUAUUUUAAAAAGCAAAAUGUUUAUGUUCCAAUGUUAUUGCAACAUAAAAUCCUAUGAAGUAUUCUAAACUGAAUGUAUUUAUUUCCUCAUUCAUUCCGUUGAACGUGCAAAAACUUUCUAUUCUAUAUGUGUGUUUUCCAUAGCCCAAGCCAUAUACAGCAAAAUCAAAAAAUUGUCUAACAUUCCAAGGCAAAAUAAUUUGGUUAACAGCUCAAUAAGUUGAAGUUAAUUUCAAAUUAUUAGAUAUUAGAAAUGGCAUGAAACAUAUUGAACUGAAACUGCAAUUCAUGUGAUCAGACAUAAGUUUAAUCAACAACUCUACUUUAAAUCUACAGCAUACUGCAUACACUAUUGGCAUUGCAAUUCAAAGGUAUCCAUUUGUAGCUGGAACCACUAAACAGUCAAUAUAUUCUGUAGUUAAUGUUGACACAUUUUGCCACAAUACAAAUGAAUUGCUUAGUCCUAAAUAGUGAACUGAAAUUUGUACUAUUGUGACUAGAUAAGGGGGUAAUUAGUCUUCUCCCAUCUGAAACCCUCUUGGUUUGUCAACUAUUUCUUUUCACAUGCAGCUUUAGUCAUGUUUUAAUUCAAAUGUAGCAGUUGUGAAAAGGAGCCAAUUAUAAGCUUUCUUGAAAGAAAUGAAUUGUUACAAAACAAGAAACGUAAUAAAACCACAAAUACACAUCCAACACAAGUAAAGGUUUAAGAUGUCAGAUACAGACAAGAAUAAAGACUAUAUAGGUUGAAGUCGCUUGAGCGGAGAUGUUUGUUUGACUUUACCCUCAGCAGUAGAAAAAUCUGUUGCCAUGAGUUUUCAGUGAAUGUUUUUUUGAAGAAAACAACCUUUAACUGUGCAUGGUUUUUAAACAUGCAAAAAGAGACAGGCUUCUAAUCUUGCAUGUUACCAAACUCUUUUACCCUCUGCUGCUCAAAGUAUGUCAAUUAUGUAUUCCCAAAGCUGGGUUCCAUUGUUUCACCAAACUGGAUACACCACAGGCAAGCUUUCACAUUCAGCAUGGUGAAAUGAGAUACCAGUUUCUUAACACUUGAAAUCAGUCGACACUUAAAUUGCACUUUAUUCUAUUUAGAAAAAUAUUAUCUUGAGGUAAACUUAAAUUUCUCAUUUAGGCUCUUGUUUUCAUUCAAUGGAAUAUAGAGUCAAGUAUUUGAACCAGUUUGAUUACAUGCAAUAAAAGUUAAUCUUAAAAAUGGACAAAACCUUUUUCUUUAAAGGAUAUACAUUAAGACAAUCCAUUUUGUUUUUGUACUUAAAUAAAAGCCAUUAAUCAUGCGUUUCAAGUUUAACCUUUGUAUACAGCUAAAAUCUUGAUUCAUUAGAUUUGCCUCAAAUAUGGAAUGUGCAAGUUACUUGCUGCAUGCCAGCAUGGGACCUUCAUUUGAGGACAACCUCAUUUCCGUUAGAUAAUUCCAGAUAAUGUUCAACCUCAUUAUGCCUCCAUGCAUAAUAUUUUCUGGAAUUUAUGAAUGCUACCAGCUGAGCUCUACUGUCUGGAAAUAAAAAAGAUAGCAAAGUACAGAUUAUUGUUUUAGGGUUCAAAGGCUCAUAACACUGAGCCAAAAUAAAUUUUGCUUUUCUUGA